CUGCGAUUCGGAACUAAAUUUCUUCAUCAUGUUGGCAGUCAUGUUAUUUUGACGCAUUAUGUACCUACUCUAGUUAGAUCAUGAUGAAUGGAAUUCCGUCUUCACUUUUUCACUUUAAUUAAAAUUAAUUGAAUUUGCGCAUAGCCCUCAAAAAAGUGUCAGCAAUCAUAAGGCGGCUGUUGCAACAUCAACAGGUAGCCCCGAAGUGGGUUUAGUGCAUUCAAAAUGACCAUCGAAGGGAACAAAGAUGAAGCUGACAAGUGUAUUGAGAUCGCUCAAAGUGCAUUUUCCGUGGGCAACGUCGAGAAAGCUGAGAAAUUCUUGCUGAAAGCCGAGAGGCUGUAUCCUACCGCUCGCGCUAAAGAGCUUUUGGCGAGAGUCAGAGCGGCGCCUUCGUCGGGAAACACGAAGAAACGGACACCACCUAAUAGCCCUGGAGUUGAGGAAGUUAGACGGAGAAAAGCUCCAAGCCACCAGCCACCCCAGCGGGAAUACACCGCGGAACAAUUAGACGCCGUCAAAAGGAUCAAAACUAAAUGUAAAGACUAUUAUGAAAUCUUAGGAGUUACCAAAGAAGCUACUGAUUCUGACAUCAAGAAGGCAUACAAGAAACUUGCGUUACAACUUCAUCCGGACAAGAACCAUGCUCCAGGAGCUGCCGAAGCGUUCAAGGCUAUCGGCAACGCAGCCGCCAUCUUAACCGACCCGGAGAAAAGGAAGCAGUAUGAUUUACGCGGCGAGGAGGUCACCCACACUCCUCAGCAGCAACAGUACUACGCUCGUGGGUUCGAGUCCGACUUAACAGCUGAAGAACUGUUCAACAUGUUCUUUGGAGCUACCGGUCAAUAUUAUGCGUUCCCCGGCGGUGGCCCGACGGUUUACACCAGGCGUCGGGCUCGGGAGCCCGAGCCGCGUGAGGCGCACGCUGGCCUGGUGCAGCUGCUGCCAGUCCUGGUGCUGGUGCUGCUGUCCAUGAUGUCAGGGUUCUUCAUCAGCGAGCCUGUCUUCAGUCUAGCGCCGAGCUCCAAGUAUCCGGUGCCCAGGGAAACUGUUAAUCUGAAGGUUCCAUACUACGUUAAGGAGAAUUUCCAUACGGACUACCAGGGUUCCCUGCGACGGCUCGAGAUGUCCAUAGAAGAGGAAUAUAUUGUGGGCCUAAGGCAUGCGUGCCAACGCGAGCGCAACUACCGCGACAGCAUGGCUUGGAAGGCGCGAAACUUCGGCGAUUCCCGCCAAUUCGCCGACGCUCAGAAGCUGCGCACGCCGAGCUGCGAUAAACUCAACGCGCUUCACAGAUAGAUGGCGUUGGCUUAGUGUGUAGUGCGCGACAGUAAAACUAGAUGGCGUUGUUAUGGUUUUUCUUUUUCGGUUAGGUCUCUUUUUGUUCAAAUGUAAUGAUGUAAACGUUGAUUUCAUUCCAACCGUAAACGUAAAACUUUGGCGAUUCCCGCCAAUUCGCCGACGCUCAGAAGCUGCGCACUCCGAGCUGCGAUAAACUCAACGCGCUCCAUAGGUAGAUGGCGUUAGCUAAGUGUGUAGUGCGCGGAAUCAAAACUAGAUGGCGUUGUUAUUGUCUUUUUUUCGGUUAGGUCUCUUUUUGUUCAAAUGUAAUGAUGUAACGGUGAUUUCAUUCGAACCGUAAACGUAGAGGAUGAACAACUCUCUAGAAAGAACAAGCAAGCAAUAAGUAGAUCUAAAGAAAAUUUAACUGGAAGAAAUUUCACCGUUUUAAAUGUAAAUAACAAUAUAAUAAAGUCAUAAAUUGACAAACUAGGAGCAGCCUUAUUCGCGCCAAUUGAGACAUAACGCACUCUAUAGAUAGAUGGCGCUAGGGGAGUGUGUAGUGCCCGGAAUUAAAACUAGAUGGCGUUGUUAUUAGUAUUUUUAUUUGGAAUUUUUGAAUUUAUCACUAACUUCAUAGUAAAUAGUGGAUUGCUACUAUGCACCUUGUUUCAUAAUUACUCCGUGAUCAUGGCCGAAAUAUCGGGUACUCGUAAAAAACACGGUUUAAUAGUAUCAAUCCCGCUGUUUGCAAAUGGUUGCUUUCGAUUUAGACUAAAGAUAGUGAGAAAGGACUGGGUGAUAAUGAAAACUCUACAAGGAAUUAAAAAAGCAUCCAAUAAAUAGACAAACUAUAAUAAUUAUAAUCAAAAUCAUUUAUUAAGUUUAGGCUGUUACAAGCACGCAUGAAUAUAUAGAAGCUACGCCAUCGGUUCGUAAAUCUACGGCGGGAGACCUUGUACUGAGAAGAACCGGCAAGAAACUCAGCAAGGGCUGUUUUAUUAUUUACAGAGUUUACGUCAAGUUAAAUAAUGACUUCGAAAGGUCUACUCAUCCGUUAAAUCACGUAUGUCGUCAUAGUCUGUGGAUCAAUUUAAAUGUUCAUUCGAUCAAUUCGCGCGAAAAACUCCAUACAAAUAGAACUCAUAAACAGCCUCAUUGAUAUUAUCUUACUGAAAAUCUUCUCAUUAUGUUUUAAACUUUCAUGGUCACUAACAUUAUAGCUAGUAACAGGAUUGUUACCAGUUCACGCUUGACAGCUCUUUAUUCACCACACAGUUCACACAAUUAACACACAACGUUAAUUAUAAAACACUAAACACUGUAUUUCACUACACAAGUCUCUAAACAAUCUCACUUGAACACUUUUGUUGUACUUUGAUCGCCUUUGGAUUCGCUCCGAAAUCGCUGUUGAAACUCAACUGUCUCUGCGCGGCGCCAAUCGCGCUUAUAUACGCCGAUCGACGCAUUCUAGAAAGUACCUGUUAAAUUGAGAAUUAGCUAGCAUCCGCAAGUACGAAGUACCUCCUUAUACCUACGCAGGUAACGCGCAUAACUUGUAAACUAGUGCAGAUGUCGUUGCACUUUCUCCCUUACGCCGCACUGCAUAAGGCUCAUUUUAGAAUGAGCCGCAUUACUCGACCUCUCGCGACCCGCGGUGAUCUGGCAAAUUCGAUCUCUAGCAGUUUCGCGGUUAAGUUUCGAGAGCGUUUGUGACAAUAUGUAUAUUCUCUUUUAAAAUAUGUAUAUGUAUAUUGAUUUAAUAAUAAAGAGAGAUAUUUAAAGAAAAAUAUCUUGUAACUGGAAGCUCGAAGGACCACGUGAAUUAUAUUCGUUUAAUAUUCGUGAUUAACUGUUAUAGCUCUGGCCAAUCGACAUCUUUUUGAAUACCGAUAAAUUCGGUAUGAAAAACUGAUUCAAAAUUCAAACUGACUUGAGUUAGGGAGAUCGAAACUCACAACGCCAUCUGUUGACGACCAGACGAAUCAAUUGUUCGAUUAUCGGUUAAACAAAAAGGCUAGAAAAAUCAAAAAGCCUAACAAUGAACUCCGCAUUUAACCCUCAUUACAUUGAAGUAGUGAUAGUGUAUUUUAAAUAAACAUUACAUUUAUUUAUAUGUAAAACUUUAUUCAUUCAAUUUCCCUUUCAGUUUUUUUUACAACCAAAAAAUUAAAUGAAUAUUUACAAAAAAGAUGGUGCGUGUCUAAUAAAAAUUACGGUUAUUUAUUUAUCAUGAACAUCACGAUAUUUUUAAAAUCCGUUAAGUUGCAUAAAGCACCGCGUUUUCAACAAUAUUGCAUUGCUUAUUGUUCAGUAUGAAUUUGUGACUACAAGCUGUCGUUGCGGCACUGCAAUAAUUAUUAAAAAGUCCUAUAAUAUUGUUCCAUUCCUUAUAGUGAUCUUUAAGUUUAAAAAAACAACAAUUUCUAAUGUCUUAUCUUGUCACAACCUGAGUAAAGAAUGUACUUGGCUGUAUGAUUGUACCUGUAUAUUGCACUUAUUUUCUUAACAACUUCAGCUUAUUACUAUAAAUAUAUCAUUGCUUUAUUAAAUAAAAAACUUAGUUUAAGCGUCACUUGAAAGCAAAUUCUAAUAAAGAUAAAAUCAAUAAUGGUGAAAGCAAUAAUUAAAUUAAAAUUUAACCCCAUUUUUUGGAAAAUAGUGAAAAUAUGCUAAAAUGAAUUUAUUAAAGUCACCAUCGGAAGCAUCAAUUAAAGUUAAUGUAUUUGUAAAAGCUUCUUUUGUUGAAUUCCCACAAUGUUCAGGAAUGACGGGCGCCAGAUGGCAGCACUGAGACGAAAGGUCCACUCAUCAAUGAUUUUGGCUAAAGGACUACGUAUCCAAGGCCGGAAUAAAUUAAAAAAAAGGUCCACUCAUCCGCCAAAUCAUCUAUAUCGUAAUAGUCUAUGGUUCAAUUUAAAUACUCGUUCGACCACUAAUGACUGGCCAAUAUGGAAAACUCCAAGGCCAUAAAAAUUAUACAUAAAAAAAUUGGUCGUUCGAUUAAUUCGCGCCAAAAACUUCAUACAAAAGAUCUCACGCCACAGUGGCGCUCAUUGGUGACGUGAAUAUUCGUAAACAUCCUCUUUCAUUCCGCCAAUGAAAAAAUCACGUAGCUUUUACACGUAGCUAGGGAAUUUGCAUUUUAAUACUCUUUUAGCAAAAUUUAAAAACCAAUUGAAAUCUGAGUGUGCUGAUAAAGGUUAAAAGCUUAAUUGUUAGAGCACUUGUAACACUUGUAUUUUUCGAUUACCAAGGACGACAUUUAGCAAUAUAAUGUACCUAGGUUAAUAUAAAACACGAUGUAUGAAAAAUGCUAAACGAAAAUAUUACUACAAAAUCAUUCCACGCGGAAAAGGCAGCAGACGGGACUCGAACCCGCACCCUUCGCUAUCCGGGCGAAUGCACUGACCAAUUAUGCUACCUCGGCCCUGAUGGCCGUGUCGAAUUCUUUCUAGCCUUUUUUAAGCUGCAAGGCAGCUUAAGAAUAAUUGGUCAGUGCAUUCGAUUUAGCGAAAGGUUCGAGUCCCGUCUGCUGUCUGGUCCGCGUGGAAUUUUUUCUAGUUAUAUUUUCUUUAGAUUUAAACAUCGAGCAGUUACACUUUAAAAGAAAAUAUAUAAAUAUCAUUUUAUUCAAAUUUGGUGUAUUUCUUGUACCUUCAAGAAUGCUGUUUCUUGUGUACCUAGUUAAUAUAAAUAAAUUAUAUGAGUGUGUGUAGCAAGCAAGGUAUAAGGUAUUAAUUUUAUUUAACAAUUUUAGUAAUCGUAUCGGAUAAAGAUAAUUAUCUGCGGAUACAAUUACUAAAAUACACUUGCACAUCACUAUGUUUAUGAAAUAUGGAACAGUACCCCCAGCACGAAGCAAUAUCGAAUUCGUAUCGUUUGCGAGUCCGAAAUGUCAUUGUCAAAUGUGUACUGAUUUUUAGUUCUCGUUACGUACUUUGUGCCGCUGCUGUUCAAGUUUCCAUACAAAAUUUGACAUUGACGUUUCGGUUUGCAAACUAUUCGAAUUCGAUAAUGGUUCGUGCUAGGUACAGCUUCGAUGUAAGGUAUAGGUACUUGUAUUAAAUAUAUUUAUUAUAUAGGGCACCACUGCGUUUGAACAAUUUUGUUGACUUUAUUUAUUAGAAACUGUAUUUAAAAGAAAAAUUAAAUUAUACUUAAACUGUUUAUUCUAUAGUGUAAGAGUUCAUUUAUUGUUAUUAUUGUAAAAAUAAAUUGAGUUGAAUUUAUGUGUUGUUUUAUUUCAACAACAGCAUCAGCCUAUUAAGCAAAAAAUCGCAAUUUUUGAGCGCCUCGGU